CUGCUGUCUUCCCGAAAGUCGCCUCUCAGUUGUCGUGGUUUUCUGCGGUGACGGUCGGAGACUCGGGGUGAACCUGAUCCCCAAGCGCUUCUGCUCCGCCCGCUCGCGCGCGCGUCCUCGAGCCGAGAGAGCUCGCGCUCCGGCCAUGGCAGACACACACGCUGUGAGGAGAGGCGGCAGCACACACACUUCCAUUCGCAGCUUCUGACUCCGUGUCCUCCGCAGACUGACAGCGAAGGCUCCGAGCGCUUCACUGUGAGCUCCGAGGCGACCAUGUUAGUGCUGGGAGUUCUGACCGGGUUUUGUCUCUGCAGCGUUGUGAGCUGCACUUACGGCAGAUGGGCGAACAACCUCCACACGAGUCGCGCGAACGAAGUGGACAAGCCUACCUCCCAGCCUCAUAUCAUUUUUGUCAUGGUCGACGACCAAGGCUUUCGAGACGUGGGCUACCACGGGUCCGAAAUAAAGACCCCGACACUGGACUGGCUCGCUGCAACGGGAGUCAAGCUGGAGAACUACUAUGUACAACCUCUGUGCAGCCCUUCCCGGAGUCAGCUCAUGACUGGCAGGUACCAGAUCCACACUGGGCUCCAACACUCAAUUAUCCGCCCCACCCAGCCCAACUGCCUACCCCUAAAGAACAUCACCCUCGCUCAAAAGCUGAAGAGCGCAGGAUAUUCCACUCAUAUGGUGGGCAAGUGGCAUCUUGGCUUCUACAAGCGUAGCUGCAUGCCCACACAACGCGGUUUCGAUACCUUCUUUGGCUAUCUGCUGGGGAGCGGUGACUACUACAGCCAUUACAAAUGUGACAGCCCGGGAAUGUGUGGCUAUGACCUGCAUGAAGGUGAGGAGGCUGCCUGGGAACAAGACCGAGGCAUCUAUUCCACCCACAUGUAUACUCAGAAGGCUGUGAGUAUUCUAGCCAAGCAUAAUCCCAAACGGCCAAUCUUCCUGUACUUGGCAUUCCAGGCAGUGCACUCCCCUCUCCAGGUUCCAGCUCGCUAUUUGGAGCGUUAUAAAUCUAUCCCAAAUCUACAUCGCCGCAAGUACGCUGCCAUGGUCAGCUGCUUAGAUGAGGCUGUGCGCAAUUUAACUCUUGCACUUAAGCGCUACGGUUACUACAACAACAUGGUCAUGGUGUACUCUUCGGACAAUGGAGGUCAGCCUAUGGCAGGGGGCAGCAACUGGCCACUAAGGGGUAGCAAGGGAACCUAUUGGGAGGGAGGAAUACGGGCAGUGGGGUUCGUGCACAGCCCUCUACUGGUGAAGAAGGGUACUCGUUGCAAGGCCUUGAUGCACAUUACUGAUUGGUACCCAACUCUAGUAACACUUGCCGAAGGUACCCUGGAUGAGGACCAAAGCCUAGAUGGCUAUGAUGUCUGGGAGUCCAUCAGCGAAGGACGGCCUUCACCACGUCAGGACAUUCUCCACAAUAUAGACCCCAUUUACGCCAAAGCAAAGAAUGGCUCAAGGAAGGCAGGCUAUGGAAUCUGGAACACGGCCGUCCAGGCAGCUCUUCGUGUCGGAGACUGGAAGCUUCUGACAGGUAUUCCGGGUUACAGUGACUGGAUUCCUCCACAGACCUUCUCCACCCUGCUGUUAGUUAAUCGCUGGCACAACGAGCGUGUGCGCUGGGAUCGAGGAAAGUCCGUUUGGCUCUUCAACAUCACAGCAGACCCCUUUGAGCGUGUUGACCUCUCAAGGCGCUACCCACACAUAGUGAAGAAGAUGCUACUCAGGCUUCUACAGUACGACAAAACGGCCGUGCCUUGCCGCUACCCACCCAAGGACUAUCGAUCUAAUCCUCAGUACAACGGAGGGGUCUGGGGACCAUGGUACUCAGACGAAGACGAAGAGGAGGAUGAAAAUGAUAACGCUCUUUCCAAUUAUUUAGGGAGGAGGAGACGUAAGAAGAAAGUGAAACGGAGAGGGAAACUCAAAAGGAAAGCCUAAAGCAAUCUGCAUUGAUUUUAGUUUUUCAAGAGACUUUUAAAGACUUACAAUCUCAGGGACUGACAGACAGACUCGAUCUGUUUACAAUGUCAAUUUCACUGACAGAGUUCUAUAUUUAGAUAGAUUUACCUCUAGUUAGAGAUUUGAGAAUUUAUAUAAUGCAUAUAUAUAAGCAACAGCAGUUACUGUUGUGCAUCUCGUUCUUAGGAAGAAACCCACUUGAAACACUGCUGUUUCCAGCUUAGACUUUGGUUGGAGCUUUAGAAGAAUAUUUAUUUUUAUACCCUUUAUUGCAUGCUUAACUUUCUUUGUCCCUUAGAAUGGUUUUUGAUAUGUAAUGAUAGGUUAAAAAGAAAUUAUAGUAUAUAGACGAAGCUGAAUUCUUAGCAAAGUACUCAAAUAAGAGAGAAAUUCUAUUUUAUGUAUGAUUAAAAGCUAUUUAGUUCACAGAUUAGAAACCAAGUUCAGAAGAUUCAGAGAUAAAGUCAGUAGUGGAAUACAAUUAGUAUUGUUUUUGUGACCUCAGUCCUUAGAGUUUUCAAAUACUAUGUUUGUCUUUUGUUCGUCUUAUUGUUUCGUGUGGUCCAGAACCAGUUAAACUUGAAUGAAAAACAGUAAAACACAAAU